AUGGCAGACGCAGAUGUACACUCUAAAGGACGGAAAUGGUAUCACUGGUAUCAUCCAGCCGAUUCCCAUGCCGAACGCAAACUCGUCGCAAAGCUCGAUUUGCUCAUUGUCACAUAUGCCUUCAUCACAUACUGGGCCAAGUAUCUGGACCAAAGUAAUCUGAACAAUGCAUACGUAUCAGGCAUGUCUGAUGACUUGGGUUUCGAAGGCAACGAACUCGUACACUUCCAGACCAUGUACAAUCUCGGCGCUGUUUUGGGACAGCUCCCGUUUGCGUUGCUAUUUCCAAAGAUCAGAAUGAACAUUUUGGUCCCUGCUCUCGACAUUCUAUGGGGUGUCUUUACUCUACUCCAGUAUCGUGCGCAAGGCUAUUCGGAGAUCAUGGCCUACCGUUUCUUGGUCGGCUUGCUCGAGAGCGCAUUCUUCCCGGCAGUUCACUACGUUCUUGGAAGCUGGUAUCGAGGCGAUGAGAUCAAUCGAAGAGGCGGUGUGUUCUACGUUGGUCUGACUCUGGGCACGCUUACAGCAAGUCUGAUCCAGAGCGCCUGCUCAGCCAAUCUCGACGGCGUUCACGGACUCGCAGGUUGGCGCUGGAUGUUCAUCAUCAACAGCAUCAUUACAUUGCCUUUGGGUCUUGUAGGAUUUUGGCUGUGGCCCGGUACCCCAGACAACGCCAAAUCGAUCUUUCUCUCAGAGGAGGAAAUCGCACUGGCGAAAGAGCGACUCGAGCGAGCUGGUCACACUCACGACAUCAAGCCAGUCAGUUGGGAGAUGGCGAAGAAGGUCUUCCUAGGCUGGAAACUCUGGGUUCUUGUGCUCUGGGAUAUCUUCUUCUGGAAUGCCUGUCUCAAUGCCUCGACGGCACCAUAUUUGCUGUGGCUUAAGAGUUUGAAAAGGUAUUCAAGGUCACGUUUGAAUGACCUGAGCGCCACUGCUCCUGGUCUCGGUAUCUUCUACGUCUUGUUCAUCUGUUUCGGGGCAGAUCUGGUUUUCGGACGACCUUGGGCAAUCACCAUUGCCCAUAGUUGGAAUCUUCUUGGAGUCAUAAUACUGUUAAUCUGGAACGUGCCCGAAUCGGCCAAGUUCUUCGCUUUCAACACUUCCUAUUCCUCAGUGGCCAUGUCUUCCGUUCUCUAUGGCUGGGCGAACGACAUCUUGAAGCACGACGUGAACGAAAGAUCCUUCACCUUGGUCGCAAUGAAUGCCAUCGCUCAAUCAACGACCGUCUGGACGCCACUCAUCUUCUGGAAGACAGUCGAAGCACCUCGAUACGUCAAAGGCUUCUCUUUCACAGCUGCUUCGGCAAUCUGUCUCAUUGCCAUGACUUGGAUUGUGCAUUAUUUCCAUCAAAGACAAGAGUAUGAUCGUUUGGCUUUUCUUUACAAUAUCCGGCGCUGA